AUGAAGCCGCAGUUUAUCCAGUCUGUGGCGCACGAGGAGGCCGUUCUCGCCAUCAUUGUACAACUGAUUGGAAUGUCUCUGAUUUUAUCAUCAACUGCAAUGUUCGUAAAGCAGGAAUCGCUUCACAAAGUCGAGAAUCUUCAACAGAUGAACAUUUUACUAUGUAGCACCAUCUUUCUGAUCAUAGACUGGAUCCUCGUGCUACCUGGGACCUGGCCGUGCGAACUGUUCUCUAUUGUAUUCAUGGUGUUUGGGUCAGCUAGUACUUUCUCCACUGUAGGAAUAGCUCUGGGAAGAUAUAAGAAAAUGAUGGGAUUUUCAUUACCAAUAUCAGACAAACUGUGGAUCAUUAUUGAAAUGUUGAUUGUUUGGUUUGCCAGUUUACUUCUUGCAGUUUACCCUAUAUGGCAGAAGGUCACAUUGACAACAAAACAGGCUUCACUUGCGAGUAACAAGUCUGAGGAAUACAACCCAACAGCAGAUAAAAUUCAAUUUGACGUCUGCUUCUUUAAAGAUAACUUUUUGUACAGCAAUAAUCACAUGAGCAUUAUUUUCAUGUGUGGCACAGUGGUUUUACCAGUCGGAUCUAUUUUAUUCUUUUACAUCAAGAUAUUCCAAAGAAUUCGGAAAGCACGUCUAAGUUCUUGGUUAAAUCAUAUGGCCUUGCAACGAAGCCAGCAGACGCAGGUGAUACAAUGUGCAGGCAGGAAAGCAAACGUGUUCCAACUGACAUCAUCACAUCCGAACGACCAAAAUGCUCAAAGAUUUAAUAGCAUUUCCUCUAAAAGAGAGAAAAGUGUAUUUCUGAAAGGACUUUUCGCAGUUAUUGUUGUACUGCUAUGUUGGAUGCCAUUUGCUGCGGUCUGGUUACAUGUGUCUAUAGUUGGGUUCCAGUGGAAAUACAUUAUCUAUGUUCGUUACCUUGUGAUUAACGCCAAAAUAUCAGUCAUAUUAAAUGUAGCCCACUAUAUUUGUUUCAAUGUAAAAUAUAGGAACUUGUAUAUACAAACGGUUUUUGGACCAUUUACAAACUUCCUCAAUACUCUAUACACAGAGAGUCAAGAAGUUACCUGCGCUAUAGACUCGCAGAUAGCCACAUGUCCGAAGUCGUCCGGUUUUGAUAAAUCAAUAUUUACAACAAGACAUUCUAGGACACUUUUGGAACCAAUUGAAGAAGGUCAACAUAAAGAAACAGAAACAAACGAGAAGCCAAAUGUUCUGCAAAGGCGUAAAAGCUCCAAGAUGAUUAAACUUCAAAGAGCUUUAUCCCUGCCUAAAAGUCAAAGAAUCAACUGUGUUAGCCCAGUUGAAAAUAUUCUGUCAAAUUCUGUGAGCUAAAACUACAGAGCUUACCAACAUAUUGAUAGUGAUAAAA